CGACCUGGAAGUGAAAGGAGGCGCCGGUCGAGCGGAGGCCAAGCCCGGUUUGGGAGCCCGAUCGCUUGCCUUGGUUCUGGUACCGUCAGUGCGGCCAUGUCCCAAGGAGGCAGGCAGGAAGAGACAAGAGCAGGUGGCAGCCUCCGGAGACAUCGGAGCUCCAGCGAAUUGCUGCCCAGCUGCAGCUCCCAGACAAACCAUAAAGGGCAGGAUCGGAAGGAGCAAAAGAGAAAUAAACGGGUGGUGCAGCAAAUCCAACAGAUCCAACAUCUGGAGUCCUUCUAUGAGAAACUUCCUCCAGGGCUAAUUAAGGAAAAUGAGACUAAACCAGAAGACUGCAUUCCUGAUGUACCUGGCAAUGAAAAUGCACGAGAAUUCUUAGCACAUGCUCCCACCAAAGGAUUAUGGAUGCCUUUAGGAAAAGAGGUCAAAGUUAUGCAAUGCUGGAGAUGUAAACGAUAUGGACACCGAACAGGAGAUAAAGAAUGUCCUUUCUUCAUCAAAGGCAACCAAAAAUUAGAACAAUUCAGAGUGGCACAUGAAGACCCUAUGUAUGAUAUAAUAAGAGAAAAUAAACGCUAUGAAAAAGAUAUGAGGAUAGAACAGUUAAAACGGUUGCUGGAAGACUCCACAUCAGAUGAAGACAGCAGCAGUGACAGUUCCAGUUCUUCAGAGAGUCGGGUGAAGCACAAAAAGAAGAAGAAGAAAAAGGAAAAGAAGAAAAAAAAGAAAAAGAGAAAAUGCCGAUCUUCUAAAUCAAGCAAGAAGUCUGAAUCAGAUUGAGGAGAUGGUUGCCUUUAUGUCAAUAAGUUGUAAAAGAUCCAAAGAAUAUUCCUUCAUUUCUGUUUUACCUGCAUCCUCUUUCUUUCUUGUGUUGGAAAACAAGAACAACAAAACAAGUUUAUUUUGUAUCUGUAUGAGAUGCUGCUAAAGAAAACUGCUUCUAUGUAUACUCUGACUUGAAUGCAUGCACAGACUCUUUUUAGCUAUUUUUGUAAAAGGUCCCUCUACCCUUUUUUAGCCUACUAAGACUUUAAUAAUCAAUCAGUGUAGGAAAGGGGAAACUACCAAUAGGGAAGUUCCAAAAACAACUCCCAAGAUAUAUGCUAAUAUCUUUUCAUCAUAGCUUUGUAACAUUUAGCCAAGAGGAUUCCUUUAGUAGCAUGUCGCCAGAGUGUUAGCAAUAUGGCAGAAGUCUCAGCUUUUACUGAAAGAAGCUUAAUGGAUAAUAUGCAGAGGCAAAUAAAUUAUAAAGGGGCGUGGUAUAGGCUUCACCCUUGACUGCCUCCAACUGAACUUAUUCUAAAAAGUGGCUUUCUACAAAGGGAUGAAGCACAAAUCAACUACCAUCAUCUACCACAAUAUAACUUAUUUUCAGGUGUACUUUAUUGUAAAGCUGCAUAAUUUAUCACCUAUCUUCCAUCUGCAUCUGACGUAAUAGGAGGGGCUCCACAGACUUCUAUAAGAUUAGAAAUAGACUCUGAGGAAUUGUAAACAAUCUAUAGAUCGCACAUUUUAAAGAUCCAGAUUUACUGAUAAUGAAGCACACUUAAAUACACCUUGUUUUUAUUAUGGCACUCUAAGUUUGAUAUUUUUUAGAUAGAAAAACAAUAUUGGAAGGUUAGGUGUAUUAAUUGUGGCAUAUUUGUUCUGCCCAAUAAAGGAACUGCUUAUUCAUCUGUAUUACUUUUUACUUAAUUGAAAAGCAACAAAAGAACUAACGUUUUGGAUCAAAAACCUAAACAGCUGUGAUGUAGAGCAAAUAAAAAUGUUUUUAUUGCAUCAGCACUUUGUCAACAAAA